AUGGCCUCCAUCAUCAUCGUCGUCAUCGCGUGCAGCAAGUCCCUCUACAAGGCCGGCAAGAAGCGCCGCGACAAGAAGCGGGAGCUCGCCGCCCUCGCCCACGGCGCCGCCGCCGACAAGCCCAGCGUCCGCCGCCGCUCCGCGCAGCCGCCGGCCCGACGCCCGCGCCGCGUGCUCGACAACAACGGUAGCCGUGCAGUGACGACGACGUACAACAGCAACGGCCUGGUUCCCGGACCGGACGAGCAGGGACCCGUGGAGAUGACGGCAGCGCAUCACUCUGACCUGGCCGACCUGGAGUCGCUAACGAGGGCGAGCACGAUUGCGUCAGAACCCGGCGAGGGCCGUCGGAGAAUGAGCGACGAGUCGACCCUCGCCGAGGUGGCUCGUGAUGGGGCAUGGACGGCGAGGACAUAG